AGUGCUGGCGCGUAAUACCGCGCGUAAACUGAAACGGCAGUUUAUAGCUAGUCUGCGUUGUUUAUUUUUCCGGCACUUGGAAAAAGUGGGAACACAUGAUUCUUCCUAGGAUUUUAACAAAGAUGAUUUCAAAUCUUAAUCCACAUGACAAAUCUUCGUUGUUUUGUUAAGUGAACUUAUAUCCAACGUGGCUUUCUAAUUCGAUGUAUAAUGUUCCAUCACUUAUGAUGCAGUGUGAUUAGCAUACAAGUUAAUAUAUAGUUAAUUCCCGUAGUUUCUCUUCCAGGGAAUAAAAACUGUAGUUGUUGCAGUAGCUAUUUUUCUGUAAAAUGACUUCCGCUUUGGAAGACCCAACACUGGAGAGACAUUUCAAAGGCCAUAGAGACACCAUAACCAGUGUCGACUUCAACAGCAAUAUGAAACAAAUAGCUACUGGCUCCAUGGACUCCUGUUUAAUGAUCUGGAAUACGAAGCCUCAGAUGAGGGCCUAUCGCUUCGUUGGACACAAGGGCGCAGUGAUGUCUGUUCAGUUUUCACCGUCCGGCCACCUUGUGGCAUCAGCAUCCAGGGACAAAACUGUCCGCCUCUGGGUACCCUGCAUGAAGGGCGAGUCGACGGUGUUCCGCGCCCACACGGGGACCGUCCGCAGCGUCAGCUUCUCCGGCGACGGCCAGUCCCUCGUCACCGCCUCCGACGACAAAACCGUCAAGGUGUGGACCGUGCACCGGCAGAAGUUCCUCUUCUCCCUCAAUCUGCACAUCAACUGGGUGCGCUGCGCCAAGUUCUCACCAGAUGGUCGACUAAUAGUUUCAGCGAGCGACGACAAAACGGUGAAGAUAUGGGACAAGACGAGCCGCGAGUGCAUACACUCUUUUUACGAGCACGGCGGUCAUGUGACCUACGCGGACUUCCACCCCAGUGGCACCUGCAUCGCAGCGGCCAGCUCAGACAACACGGUCAAGGUGUGGGACAUCCGCACGCACAAGCUCCUCCAGCACUACCAGGUGCACAGUGCUGUAGUGAACGGGCUGUCCUUCCACCCCUCUGGGAACUACCUCAUAACCGCCUCCAACGACUCGACCCUGAAGAUCCUGGACCUGGUGGAGGGAAGGCUGCUCUACACACUGCAUGGGCAUCAGGGCCCGGCGACGUGUGUGGCCUUCUCCAGGACCGGAGACUUCUUCGCCUCAGGUGGCUCCGACGAACAGGUGAUGGUGUGGAAGACUAACUUCGAUGUGGAGGAUUACGGGGAGGUGCUGCGUCUUCAGCAGAGAUCAGGGAGCGUUGGGGACGCGGCGCUGAACGGUGACUCCCACGGCAAGACCUCGCUGUACGGCUCUGCUGCCAAGCAACCAAACCAGGCGGCGAACCCGGCGGAGCUGUGGGACGGCCGGGAGUCGCGGCCGGGGCGGAGCCGGAGCCGGAGCCUGAGCGGGCCCUCGCAGGCCUCCAGGGGCCCCAGCGCCGGACCCCCCUCCUCCGCCCAGCGCCACCCGCAGCAGGGCCCCGAGCCGCAGCCCGACCGGCGGUCCCCGGAGCAGGGCAUGCCCCCCGCCCUGGCCAGCACCCUGGAGCACAUCGUGAGCCAGCUGGACGUCCUCACACAGACAGUGGCCAUUCUGGAACAGAGGCUGACACUGACGGAGGACAAGCUGAAGGAGUGCAUUGACAACCAGCACAAGAUCAGCCUGCAGCUACAGCACAGAGACCCAGGGCCCUGCUCCUGAGGGGGAAGACCUGGCGCCUGGCCCGCCCUCUCCCUCUCUCUCUCCCUGCCGCUCUCGCUCUCUCUCUUACUCUCUCUCCCCUUCCCACUCUUUCUGUCUCUCCUUCCCUCCCUCCCUUUCCCUCUCUCUCCCUACCUCUCCCUCCCUCUCUUUCUUUCUCUCUCUCUCUCUCACUCCCUCCCCCGUCUUUCUUUCUCUCUCCUUCUCCCUCUGUUUCUGUUUAUCUCUGUCUCAUAUGUUUUAUCCCAAUGAACUGAGCCGACCCUCAGCCACAACCAACCACCAGCCCCUGUGAUUCAUUUUCUCCAGCACACUGUUGGGGUCUGAGUUAGGAUCCAUGCUGUGUGCUGUGCUCCCCUAUACUUUAUUCUCUUACACCCAUGAGCUUCACAUGAAGUUAACAUGAUCAAGUGGCAAGAGUUGGGGGGGGGGGGGGGGCGGGGUCCUGAAGCUCUGGUGAAGAACAUUGUCCAAGUUUUGUGUGUUUCCUGGUAACUAGAACUGGGGGGGGGGUGUGAUGGAGUGUUUGUCAGUCAGUAGAGUUGUAGGCUCGUGGAAGUGCUUCUGAUGCAUAUGGAUUUACGUAAAGUUAAACAGCGGUUUUGAACUAGCAUUUUUGCUGAGAGCGGG